AUGUUUAAGCCAAUAUUCUGUAAGAGGUUCUGGAACUCAAGCAGUAGAAUAUUGUCUUGUCAGUGUUGGAAGAGAUACUCUGGAGCUGCUGCAGUGUGUCUGGGGCUGCUGUGUGUUCUCCUACUGGCUGGGAUCACAGGCCUGUUACUCUACCAGAGAAACCAGUUGACCAGCUCCAACACCCUGACCAAAGAGAGGGACCAGCUACAGACAAGCGACAACAACCUGACUGCAGAGAGAGACCAGCUACAGACUAGCAACAACACCCUGACCGUAGAGAGAGACCAGCUACAGACCAGAUACAACACCCUGACCAAAGAGAGCUACCAGCUACAGACCAGAUACAACACCCUGACCAAAGAGAGCUACCAGCUACAGAAAGAGAUAGAACGUCUGAAAAAAUCUACAGUUGAGAAAGUGUGUCCUCAAGGAUGGAAGAAGCUUGGUAGCAGUUGUUACUACGUCUCUACUGAGUUAAAAUCCUGGGAGGAGAGCAGACAGGACUGCAGAGACAGAGGAGCAGACCUGGUGGUUAUCAACAGCCAAGAGAAACAGACAUUAGUCAACUGGUUAUGUGGACGAAAGGACUAUGUCUGGAUUGGUCUGACUGACUCUGUUACUGAGGGGACCUGGAAAUGGGUGGACGACACACGACUGACCACAAAGUAUUGGUACAGUGGAGAGCCUAAUGGUGGUGUAGCUGAGGACUGUGUGUAUUUCUACUCCUGGUCAUCAGACACAGGAGCAUGGUGGGACUAUUACUGUUACUAUAAAUACAGAUGGAUCUGUGAGAAAUAGGAUUCAUCCUCGGUACUCUCUGAACUACUAAAUAAGAUUUAGCUAAGUACUAUCAAUGAGAAACUAUUUUCUGCUUAUUCAAUUUACCUUGUCAAGUACAUGUAAUAUAUAACAAUGCAAAUGUAUAAUACAUUAUAAUAAAAAUAACAGACCAUAUGCAAUAGCAAUACAAUGACUUGAUAACAGAAAGACUGUUCUCUCUGUUGUCGUGGAAAUUCACCACUAAGGACUCAAAUUCAAAGGAAAUUAAUCAAUCUUUAUUAUCACAGUCAUAGAGGUUUAUUGAUGUUAAUUUUUAUUUUUAUUACUUUUUAUUUUAGUCUACUUGCAAAAUAUUUUUCUUAACUCUUCUUGAACUGCACUGUUGGUUAAGGGCUCGUAAGUAAUUUUUCACUGUAAAAGUCUACACUUCUUGUAUUCGGAGCAUGUGACAAAUAAAGUUUGAUUUGAUUUGA